CGCUACAAACACAACAGACGGCAUCACAGUGCGCCUGUGUUGUUGGACGGUAGCAAAUCCACUGCCUCGUCCUUAAAACAGCACUUUCAACUAAAUUCAAAAUCACAAAUCCACCUCAUGGAUUUAGAAUGAAUAUUAUUAUUAUCUGACACCACCGAGCAUCCCGAAAGCGGGAUCAGAAGCGAAUUCGAUCGGAGAAGAAGCCGCGGUCAUAUACUUGGUGUGAUACAGCGAGGAGUGGACGUAUGUCGUCUGCAGCAGAGACAAUGGAAAAUGCCUCCAUAAUUUCAGACAGUGGGGCCCAUGAUGGAAACCGGUUGUGGAUAGGCAACAUUGAUCCCAAAAUCACUGAGUAUCACUUGGUGAAGCUCCUAGAAAAAUUCGGCCAUGUCAAACAGUUCGACUUCUUGUUCCAUAAAUCCGGUCCUCUGGAAGGCCAACCGCGAGGCUACUGCUUUGUCAACUUCAACACCAGAGAGGAGGCCGAAAGAGCCAUCCAGUGCUUGAAUGGCAAGCUGGCGCUGUCAAAGAAACUGGUUGUGCGAUGGGCCCACGCACAGGUAAGGGGAUCGUUUACGCAGAGAUCGAGUUACAAUCGCCAUCGGGUGGCACCCUGCAGUCAGGUACUAAGAUGCACGCGGCAUCGUGUCUUAGACGAGCGGCGUUCCAUCUGGUACGGCUCUGAUAGCACCUCUGAAGAAAAGAAUUUUCUGUGCCUUUAUACCAGACCAGCUGCAAAAAAUGUCGUCUCCCGUAUCACUUCUACCUCAGCCGAAGGGUGCGUGCGAUUGAAUUUUGGAAACCCGAAGCACGUGAGCUAAAAGAGCAUCCGUGCCGCCAUUCUUCGCGUUUCUUCCCCAGUCGCUCGUUGAGCCGAGCGAGCGGCGGAAUCUGAGCACAACGCUUGUCUCUUAACAAUAGGCCGCUUACUGGCAAAUAGUGGCGGGAUAUCCUGUAUAGAGAUGAAUCACACCCGACGGUCACACGUGCGCACGCUCACGCAGUGUCACAUUUUCAUCACCUUGGCCUAGUUGUGCUUAUUUUUUAUGACAAUUACCACCACUUCCAAAACGAAAUAUCCCCCUUGGAGCAAUUAGAUUUGACACUCUGUAAGCAGGACAGUUUUCCAGCAAUGCUCUUAUUUUUUUUUAGGAUAUAGCAUAGGAGAAAAUGUGAACCAAUUCCGAACUGAUUUUUAUGUGUCAGGUUCGAAUUGAUAUUUACAGAUAACUACAUUGUCGUUUCGUGAGCUGUACCUUUGGGGUCAACAAAACAAUUUUCAAUAAAUUAUAAUGUUGGCAUCAUUUUAAAAAGUGCCUCCGACUAAGCUAUGGGCGUGCCAAUUAAACACACAUAACGAACCAAUAAAUCCGACUUAUCUUCAAUUUUUCUGACACCCCGACAUGAAUGAAAUAUUUUAAUUAUUAUUAUUAUUUUUUUAAAUAUUAUUGCUGGAAUAAAGUCCUUUAAAAAUAGGGGGGCAUAUAUUUUUAGAGAACAUAGUACUUUUUUUUUAAUGUUUUUUUGGGGGGGGGGCAAAUUUGUCCAAAAUAAGACAUAAUAUUACAAAAAAAAAAAAAGACAUUUAAUUCACAUAAUUAUUUAAUUCACAUAGAAAAAAAUAAAAAUAUGACUUUGUUCCUUUGCAAACUUUUUCUGUCAUAAUUUUAUCUUGGAAAAAUUUCAUUCAAUGUGUAAAUAUUAGGAGUUUUUUUUUGUCUUACCAAAAAAAAAAAAUACUUUCUUCUCCUAACAUAAUACCGCCUCUCUC